CGUCAUUUAUUAUGAAAAUGAAACGUAAAUAUCUACCUCUACCUUCGAAGAAACAACUAAUUAAAAUAUUUCCUUUCCUUAAGCCGUUACUCUUCAGCGACGAAAAUGAGCACAAAGCCUUGAAAAUUGUUUGCAAAUUUGUCUUCGGGCUUUUACUCGGUAUUGCGUUUUACGAAAUGAUUAUCGUAGAUUUAAGUUUUCCUCCAACAAUAUCCUUUUCUGUUGGUGCACUUGCGUCGUUACUUCUUGCAUUUGGUUUCGCAUUUUCCUUGCAAAUCAGAUGCAUCACACUACUAACUUUUCCGACUUUUGGCGGAAAGGCGGGAAGAGGAGUUUUGAAAGCUCUGGUUUUGACUUUCAUUAUCUCUGGUCCGGUACAAAACAUCAGCAAUAACGGCAAAGAAAUUGUUCGAGUAUACUCAUGUACCAUAUGGCUCACAAGCAAUCUUACAAAAACCCGAGUUGAGUUGAUCUUCAAACCGUUUAUGGAAGCAAUUUUUGGCCUCAAAAAUGACGUGGCAGAAGUCAAAGAGACCAUACAAACAAUAAGAGACGUAUCUUCGCCUAUUGUUGAUGAAGUAGAAGGCGAACAAGAGGUGAUACGUCUCCGCGAAGAAAACGAUUACUUAGACUCAAAAUUAGACGACACAAAACGAUCCGACGAAUUAAAGAAGAAAUAUAGUACUAAAGGUGAACAAAAUGAGGCCGAAAGAUACCAGAAGAUGUAUCUUGAAAAGGUUGAGUUAAGAUGUGAGUAUCAACUUUCGAAAGCUUCAAAUAAAUGCAGAGAUAUGUUUGCAAAAGCUUAUGAUACGUGUUAUGAUACUGUAACAUGGUUUGCUGCUUGGCUACUUUGUUGGCCAAUGAAAUUGACUUUUGUGUGCAAUAUAGCCCAAGCAUUGGGAGGAUCAAGCAGGUGCGAUCCGUCCAAAGCAGUUGAUCCAGGAUUCGGAGAAGGUUAUUUUUAUUUGAAGAGAUCCACGGACGAACUAACUCAAAAUUUCAAAGACGUAAGAUUGCAAUACAAAGUGCCAAAAGUUCCACAACUUCUUGAUUACAGGGAUGCUUCUGAUACCGCGAAAGCUAUGAUGCACGACGUCCAAAGGAAGAAAGACAUUUUAGAUAAGAUAAUUAAACUUCUAAUGAGACUCUUGGCUUUCGUAUUUCUUAAAAUAAUAAUCAAGUCCCAGACAUAUCACGACAAAUAUCUUCGCGAAAUUCAAUUUGACAACAUUUAUAUAACAAAGUAUUUCAGAAGAAUCGACGCUCGUCGAUAUGCUAACGGAAAACAUACACUGUUACCACUGAAGAAGAUUGAAAGAAAGAAACUGAUCGAUCCUCGCUCAGCGGUGCCGUUACAAACCGAAAGAGGACAACUUUUUGGACAAACUCUUCGUCUGGCUCUUGAAAUAGUCACAGCAACAACUUUUAUUUUAUUAGAUCGAUUAUUAUAUGAGACCCUCAUGGUGGUAAGGCACCAUGGAAGAAUAGAUUACAUUCAAACUGGUCAUCACGACAUGACAAUAAAAGUAAAAGGAACUGGUCUAAUAGCUGGACUUUUACGGUCAGUUGUCAAAGGGUUCAACUUCAAAAAACGUAUAAAGUCUUACAAAACCAACCAAGGUUGUUUACCCAAUCCUGCUCUUUUGCCAAAUUAUUACUUAUACAAAAUAUUUGGUAUUUACUUUGUCGUUUGGUGUUUGAUUAUAUCCCAAGCGUACGCCCUUAGGCUCAGGAGGGUGAUUUGCUCUUAUUUCUACAGAAAGAGGGAAAAGAGGCGUGUUCUCUAUUUGUACAAUGAAACGCUUAAAAGGAGGGUCGCCUUUAUGAGGCACAUGGAACAGAAGGUUAAAAAAAUGGCUAGACAGCAACGCCUUCGCGAAAAUUUGAACAUUUGCGCUGUUUUAAGAACAAAAUAUCCUAAAAUAUUUAAUUGGCUAAAGAUGUUCAAAACGGCACGAAGAAAGUGCAUCAUUUGUGGAGAUCCAGAACCUUUGAUACCUACUGGCAAACCUGGUGACUAUGAGAAAUGUAAAACACCAACUUGUCAUUUUGUUCAUUGUGCAGAGUGCUGGGAAGACGUUGGAAAACAGUGCUUUGCUUGCAAAGAAAGUCCAACUCUCGAAGAUAGCGCUUAUGAAGAAUCAGACGAAUAUGUAGAUGAUUCCACAUAG